GCUACACCCAGCCCUUGGGUUCAGUGGUCUAUGUGAAAAAGUUACAGUGGACCUGUCCUACCAACAGUGUUAAUUCCUGCAAGUUACUUAUUUCUGAGCUCUCACAAACACGUACCCACCGUACAAUUCCAAGUGGCACUCUCUGCUUUCUCUUUGCUUCAUGUUGCCCUUCUCUCAUUGGUCACUUGUCACUCUUAAAAACACCCGUUACAAUCCCUCUUCAAAAACCACCGCAAGUCUUCCUCCUCCUUCCCCAUCUCCUCUCUCACUUCCUUCUUCACAGCUCUCCUCUGGUUGCCUUCUGCAUUCUCUCUCAAAAGCUCUCUUUUGGGUCUCCAGUGAUCACCAUUACAGAAUAGCUGGUGGGGCUUUGACUUUUGCUGUCAGGAAAAGCACCUACCACCAUGAUCAAGACACUCAAUCCUUACAACACCAACACACAGAAAACUGCUGAGAUUAUGUCCAGGUAUAGGCCCAUAGCACCUAAACCUGAGACUCCAGCAAACUCAGCAGGUGAGAAUCCAUCCUUAUCUCAAAAGAUCAGAGAGUCUCCUUACCUUAGAAACCUCUGGCCACAAUUGCAGGCCAGACCCACCAGGACUAGAAAGAGAGGUCGAUCUGCUCUGUCACCAACAACCUUCAAGAGGCAGAGGACCCAUCAUGUGUUUGGGUUUUCUACCCCUUGUCAUGUAACAUCUCCGGCUAAAAAUCUCACCUUGGAUGGUUUUGCUCAUGCUCUUUCACAGCUUCCCAUACCAACAAGCUUUGAUGCAGUCAAAAGCACCAAUUUGAUGACUCUGCCUCUUCUUCAAUACCCUCCUCCUCCUCCUCCUCCUCCUUCUCCUCCUCCGCCUCCUCCAUCAUCAGUUCCUGUUGUGACCAACCAAGCAAUGGUGCCAGCUGAGUUUGAGUUAAUUAAACCUUGUGAAGGAGAAGAGAAGCUGAUAGAUUUGAACACUGUGGCUGAAAUUCCAGAAGAAAAAGAUCUGCUGCAACAACUACAAGGAAUUUCCCCUACCCCUACACCAAUCAAUGUCAUAGCACCUCAGCCAGUUCGACCUGUGGGCUCCAGCAUAAGUGUUGGGUGCAUCAAAACAGACCCAAGCCUAGCCCCAGCAGAGCAAGCUCCUAAGAAACCAGAGGAUGUUGAGGACGAGGUGGAGUCCGAGGCCCUGCCAUCAAUCAUAUCAGAUUCACACAACAAGGUGAGGAUGGCAAACUCUGCUUACAAGGAGAUGGUGGGCCAGCCAGAGUGUUCGUGGCUCGAUUCUAUGGUGACCAGUGAUGGGCGUUUCGGAGGGAGCUCUUGCAAGAGGAUCAGUGGGGAGGUCAUACUUGAGCUUUCUGAGGCAGAGGUACCAGUUUCAUCAAAUGGGUUUUCAUGCUGGGUGAGGAUUGAGUGGGGAAAUGAGAUGGACAAGCAUGCAAUCCAUGCUUUCUGUGAUGUGAUCAAGCUGUCCUGUGAGACUAAGGACUACCUCUUUAGUUGGAGGUUCCACACUCACAGCAAAGAGGGUUCUCAGUCCAGUUCUUCUAAUGCUUGAAAUGUCAAAUAAUGUAAUUAAAAUGUAGUGUAGCUAGCUCACUAGAAAGUGCACCUUCAGUGUCUACUAUAUAUAUUUUUUUUCAUGUAUAUGCAUAUAUAAGGAGUCUGAGGCUGAGUAUAUGUAUAGUUUGGUCAGCCUUUUUAAGAGAGAAAAACUUGUUCUGUUGUUCAUAA